GCAAUGGACGGAAGGGCCGGUGUUUUGGAGUAGCGGCGGCGAGUGGGCGUGUACGCCGGACUGUGCGGCUGGAGAGCCGGGAUCCCGGGGUCUGUGGGAGCAAGCCGGAGAACACGGAUAGAACCUGGGAUCGCUGCUUGCCCGCCGCCACCUGGCAUGUCGGCCGAGGCCUCGGGCCCGGCGGCUGCCGCGGCCCUGUCGCUGGAAGCCCCUAAGCCCUCGGGUCUCGAGCCUGGCUCCGCCGCCUACGGUCUGAAGCCGCUGACCCCGAACAGCAAGUAUGUGAAGUUGAACGUGGGCGGCUCGCUGCACUACACCACGCUGCGAACCCUCACGGGACAGGACACCAUGCUCAAGGCCAUGUUCAGCGGCCGGGUGGAGGUGCUCACCGACGCCGGAGGCUGGGUGCUGAUUGACCGGAGCGGCCGCCACUUUGGUACCAUCCUCAACUACCUGCGGGACGGUUCUGUGCCACUGCCUGAAAGUGCCCGAGAGCUGGGGGAGCUGCUGGGCGAGGCGCGCUACUACCUGGUACAGGGCCUGAUCGAGGACUGCCAGCUGGCCCUGCAGCAAAAAAGGGAGACCCUGUCCCCGCUGUGCGUCAUCCCCACCGUGACAUCUCCCCGGGAGGAGCAGCAGCUCCUGGCCAGCACCUCCAAGCCCGUGGUGAAACUCCUGCACAACCGCAGUAACAACAAGUACUCCUACACCAGCACUUCCGAUGACAACCUCCUGAAGAACAUCGAGCUGUUUGACAAGCUGGCCCUGCGCUUCCACGGGCGGCUGCUCUUCCUCAAGGACGUCCUGGGGGACGAGAUCUGCUGCUGGUCCUUCUACGGGCAGGGCCGCAAGAUCGCCGAGGUGUGCUGCACCUCCAUCGUCUACGCCACGGAGAAGAAGCAGACCAAGAAUGACAGAGGGAGAGACAGAGAUCUUCCAUCCACUGGUGGCCUCCCCAGAUAACCAACAGCAAGCGCUAGGCCGAAACCAGGAGCCAGCAAGUCCAUGCCGUCUCCCACGUGGGUGGCCGUGGGGCCAUCACCUGCUGCCUCCCAGGCGCGUUUGCAGGAAGCGGGAUGGGAAGUGCGGGGUGGUGGGGAACCAGCACUCUGAUACAGAGGCAGAGUAAGCACAGCAGCGCAGCCCCUGUGCCACAACGCCCACCCCUCUCUGUUUCACUGCCUGCGAAAUGAAGGUGCUGAUUAGAGCAGGACUCACGCUUAGCCCAUAGGACGAGUUUUAAGGCUAUCUAGUCCCCAGGGAGAAUGCUCAGGUUUGGGGGUGGGGUGUGCCUUUUCCCCUACGGAAGGUCCGUAGACACCCGGAAAUGUCUGUCACCACAUAGAAGGUGUUCUUUUUUUAUUUUUUUUAAGAUUUACUUUAUUUAUUUGAAAGGCAGAGUUAGAGAGGCAGAGAGAGAGAGAGAGAGAGAGAGAGAGAGAAAGUGCCUCCAUCCACUGGUUCACUUACUCCCCAAAUGGCUGCAAUGACAUGGGCUGGGCCAGGCCAGAGCCAGGAGCCUCUUCCGCAUCUCCCAUGCGGGUGCAGGGGCCCAAGCUCUUGGAUCCUCCUCCCUUGCUUCCCCGGACGCAUUACAGGGAGCUGGGUGGGAAGUGGAGCAGCCGGGAGCGCCAGCGCCGCAAGCCGGGGCUUCACCGCUGCACCCCCACAUAGAGGCUCUUACGAACUUCGGACCAGAUGGCCGCUUAGGUCCCGCUGAGCUUGCAGGCCCGAGUCACUCGCACUCAGCAAAGGCUUCCCAAGCACCUGCUCCGUGUGAAGCACCGCAGCCAGGCUCCACUCCCAGGGGACCGACGU